GAUACCGAUUCCAUACAAGGCUGUAUCUGGCGGCCAUAUGUCUCUGCCUUGUGACAUAACUUCAACCAUGCCCGACGAUGAAGUCUACCUUGUAUUGUGGUAUAAAGAUGAAAUUGCAACUCCAAUCUACAGUUUGGAUGCUCGCCGAGGAAAACUUGGGCAAGCUAGGCAUGCUUCGAGUGAGGAACUCACAGGCAGAUCAUUUUUCAGCUCCGUUGUACAUCCUGCUGUUCUUCAGGUAGACAAAAUCUCCCUGGAUGAUGAAGGAAUUUACCGAUGCAGAGUGGAUUUUAAGAAAGCCAGGACAAGACACUCUGCAUUGUUGGUUACCGUUGUGGUUCCUCCUGCAACUCCUAUCAUUAAAGACAGCAACGGCGAAAUACUGUCAGGAAUAGUUGGUCCCUACAACGAAGGAGACAGUCUUCAUUUGAUUUGUGAAACAGAAGGAGGUAAGCCAUCUCCUUCGUUGGUGUGGUACAAAGGAAGAAAAAUUAUCGAUGACAGUUAUGAAAUGAUGUCUGCCCUUAUAAUACGCAAUGAGCUCAUCAUUCCUAAGCUCCAGCGGAAAGAUUUAAUGGCGACAUUUACUUGCCAAGCAACAAACAAUGAAAUUUCACCUCCUGUUCAAAGCUCAAUAACUCUGGAUAUGAAUUUCAAACCCGUAUCUGUCACCGUCAGAGGGAAAAGAAAGAGACUCUCUGCAGGGAAGAUCGUUCAAUUUGAAUGCGAAGCGAGGGGUUCUAGACCUCCUGCGUUGCUGACUUGGCGAAAAGGAAGUAUGCGUCUGAAGAGCUCAGUUGAUAAAAUGUCCUCUCAAGGAAAUGUGUCUACUAGCAUACUAACAAUGACGCCAUCUAGUGAAGACCACGGAAAAUUUAUAUCGUGCCAAGCUGAUAAUGUCAUGAUACCUGGUAGUGCCAUUGAAGACAGCUGGAAAUUAGAAGUACACUAUGUUCCACAGCUGAGCCUGAGACUUGGAAGCAAACUCCGCCAUUCAAAUAUCAUGGAGGGUAAUGAUGUUUAUUUCGAGUGCAACAUUAGGGCCAAUCCAUGGGUAUCCGAAACAGGAUGGCGUUUUGAAGGUCAUGAACUUGUAACAAACAUAUCAGCAGGAGUGAUCGUCAGUAAUCAAAGCCUAGUGUUGCAAAAAGUACAACGAAACAAUCGAGGAAGAUACAGCUGCACUGCAACUAAUAGUGAAGGUCAAGGAGAGAGCAACCAUGUCUAUCUUCGAGUGCAAUAUUCGCCUGUCUGCAAGCAGAAUCAAGAAACAACCUAUGGAGCAAUGCUACACUAUCCCGUCCAGAUACCAUGUGAAGUAGAAGCCGAUCCCGAUGACGUAGCAUUUCGUUGGGAAUUCAACAGCUCCUCUGGGAACUUGGAACUAGUACCGACGUAUACUUCCGGAACCAAAAGUCUCGUCAACUACAUUCCGAGAUCGGAAAGCGAUUUUGGGACUCUCCAGUGUUGGGGCCGCAACAGUGUAGGAUCUCAAAGAGUCCCUUGCCUCUUCUUUGUGAUUCCAGCAGAGCCUCCGAAUCCAGUUCAUAACUGCACUGUUACUGAAGAAAGUGAAAACUCUUUUCGCAUAGUAUGCAUGGAAGGGAAAGAUGGAGGACUUAGCCAGUACUUCUUCAUGGAGAUUCGCGACAUGGCAAGCAAUGUUCUUCAGCAGAACGUGUCUGCUCAGACCGCAGAUUUCACUGCCAGAGCACUUUUCCCAGGUUCCAAGUACACCGUGUCAAUCUUCGCCAGUAACGCUAGAGGAAGGAGUCGACCUGUGAUCAUACACGCAUCAACAGCUGCUUUGCCUGAAAGUCAAACAAGACAAGAUGACGAUUGGCAAUUAACUUUACAUCCCAUGAUUCUCAUCUUAUGUGGAGUUGUUGGUGGUCUUCUUCUUGUCGUUCUUCUAGUUAUCCUUGUCAUUAAAAUUCAUAUUAUGAAGAGGAAAAGAAAAGAUAUGGCAUCAGCAUCUGCAAAUGAAAAAUCUGCUCAGAAUUCUGAAAAGUCCGUCGAUAACUGCUCUGAAGGAUGCACAUGUUCUGGAAGAGAAGAAGAAAAAAUUAGAGAAAAUAUUCCAGAUGUUGUUGUGUUCAGUGAAAAAAUGAAACCUGGUGAAGAGGAGUCAUUUGUUAGUUACGCAGGUGAAACUGUUCAUUGGAACCGGAUAAAUCCUCCUGCAACCUCAGAGGAAUACUUAACAUCGCAAGUAAAAAUGAAGCAGCUUCCCUGCACUAAAGGUGCAUGGCCACAAACCGCUGCAGAGUGGCCAUCUCAACCAGUUGAAGCAGUUGCUCUACAGUUCCACAGACCAGCAGACGACAGCAUGAAUUUGGAUCCUCGACAUACCUUACCACUACACACCCUGCCAACGAUUGAAGAAAGUCCUAUUGUUACAUCUGCCUCAUCCCCAACUAGUGUGAUAACAAAACAGCCUGUCAUGGUGGCAGCAAGACAGACAGAUGUGUGAUAUGUAUGGCACUGGAAGCCACGAGGACAACCUCUCACUACUUCUCCAUCAUUUGCGCGCCCGCCAACUGCAGUUAAUGAUAGUUUUCAUUGGAGAAAAUCGCUGCCAAGUUUGGAUUUG